AUGCCCAUGCACGACCGCGAGAUGCACCUUAACCACGGACCCGGCCACCACCACCACCGCGACGAUGUCGAAAGCAACGGGAGCGACGAAGAAGACGGGACGGAAAUGUGCAUGGUCCCUCGCGCUCACCCUCCUCCCCACGGCCACCCUCGUGGUGACGGAGGAAGAGACGGGCAUAGCGGACACCACGACAAGAGCCAUCUGGACAGCGACGGAGACGACUUCAUGGCUACUCACUGGCCGGCCGGGCCGCCCCCCGGAUCACCCCCCCGCGGGCGGUUCCACGAAGACAACCCCGACGGCAACGACAACGCUCAGGAGCACCACCAGCCACCGCCGCCACCGCCGGUGAUGCCGAUGCAGCCCUGUUGAAAACGUGUUGAGAUUAAUCCACAGGUUGCUGAUUCGUCGGUUUGUUGCCCUGAGGUAGAAGGUUGCGACAGGGCAGCCGCUUAGCGAAUUGUGACGAUGUAGAGCGAUCGAGAGCACUCUUCGAGCCUUGCGAGGCAUGCUUGAUGGGUUGUAGUUUUUGCAAUUGGGCAGAGGCCUCCCACGGGAAAACUGAUACGAGGGAUCAAGGACGUACCACAAGACCGGACCCAGUUUGACGGGACGUCGUGCGUUCUUUGACAAGGCUUCUGCGCUUCUGCAGCUUUCUUUUGGUUUUGUUUGUAUGACUGUCUAUGUUCGUUUGGAUUUGGCAAGUGUGAAGGUAGCUGGUUGCCGCCUGGGCGGUUUCGUGUGAGAGGCGUCCUGCAUGAUAGCGUCUUGUUGCAAGCAGGCAACGGGACAUGUGAAGCUUGAAGGGUCUGUGGGCUUGAUCCAUGUGGUGCUGGUUCAGGCAGCAGGGUUUCCGAGUGCUUGUUCUGAGAGUUGGUGGAACGUAUCUAUCGA